CACAAAACUAAUUAAUGCGCUAAUCAUGGUGCCCAGCUUAAUUGCUUCUAGGCUCUCCUGCUCCAGCCAGGAGGCCUCCUCAUAAAGCUAAGAGAGAGCACCAAAUCGAUCGAGAUUAGAUUAGACGAGAUGAGAUGAGAUGUGUGUGUGGCUGUGCACUGCAUAUAUACUUGCGUAGUUAGCCUAGUAAUUAGUAGCUGCUGCUUUUGCCAACAACCCCAGCUAGCUGCUCAGCCGAUCGAUCGAGCGAUCUCUUCAGGUUUGUGGCGUGAGCUAACCUCCUCUACCAAAUCAAGCUAAGCGAAGCUAUCUAGGUCGGUGCGGUGGUUUUCGUCGUCGUCUCCGGCGCCGGCGAGCUAGCUGGGGUGGCCGGCCGGCCGGCCGGGCAGGCGCGCGCGCGUAACGUGUGGAUCGAUAGAUGGGCAACUCCCUUGGGUGUGCGGGCCUCGGUGAGAGGCUGGCGGCGGCGGCGAAGGACGGCGACGCGGCGGAGGCGCGGCGGCUGCUGGCGGCGAACCCGGGGCUCGCCCGGUGCACCACGUUCGGCAACCUCAGCUCGCCGCUGCACAUCGCCGCCGCCAAAGGCCACCACGAGAUCGCUGCAUUGCUGCUGGAGAAUGGAGCAGAUGUGAAUGCGAGGAACAUCUAUGGACAGACGCCAUUGAUGCAAGCUUGCCGGUUUGGUCACUGGGAGGUGGUUCAGACGCUGCUGGUUUUCAGAUGCAAUGUGUGGAAGGUGGACAACCUCAGUAACCGGACGGCGCUGCACAUGGCGGCGGCCGGCGGGCAUGUGAAGUGCGUGAGGCUGCUGCUGGCGGACGCCGCCGGCGACAGGGACGGGUACGUGAAUAAGGCGGCGAGCGGCGGCGUGACGGCGCUGCACCUGGCGGCGCUGCACGGCCACGUCGACUGCGUCCACCUCCUCAUCGACGAGCACGGCAGCCUCGCCGCGCAGACGCUCCCCUGCGCCGCGCCGCCCAUGGUGUCCAUCGGCGCCGGCAGCACGCCCCUGCAUUACGCGGCGUGCGGCGGCGAGGUCAAGUGCUGCCAGAUACUUGUGUCAAGAGGAGCAGACCGAACAGUCAUCAAUUGCAAUGGGUGGCUCCCCAUCGACGCUGCCAGAAUCUGGGGCUGCAGCUGGCUUGAACACGUCCUCUCCCCCAAGUCGCAUCUGCCGAUCCCCAAGUUUCCUCCUUCCGGCUACCUCUCCCAGCCACUGCCCAGCCUAAUCAACAUUGCAAGGGAGCAAGGUCUGAACUUGUCGUCAGAGUUCGCUGAUGGCGUCGACGAAGGUUCCGAAGCCUGCGCCGUCUGCCUCGAGAGACCCUGCAAUGUUGCUGCUGAAGGCUGUGGGCACGAGCUGUGCGUGAAAUGCGCGCUGGACCUCUGCUCGGUGAUCAAGUCCUACGACUCGGCGGGGAUCGCCGGCGAGAUCCCGUGCCCGCUCUGCCGGAGCGGGGUCGCCUCCUUCAGGACGACGGCCACACCGGCGGCGAGCCGCAGCACGAGCACCGGAGGCCUCGGGUCCGGUCGCCGCCGCAAGAGCUCCAGCGGCAGCGAGCACGAGGCCUCCUCCGGCGGCGAGAAGGGCUGCGGCAGCAUCGACCCCGACGCCGGCGCCGGCGCCGUCGUCCCCCUCUACUACGCACCUUUCGCGCCUUCCGCCAUCUUGACCUGACCAUGAAUUCACAGAGCGGCGGAUGCAUCUCAAUCUCUGAAGAAAUGUGUCUUCUUGCAGAAAAGCUCUGAAUUUGGCUGAGGUGUCUCAGCUCUGAUGAAAUGUGCCUCGCAGAUUAAGCUCUGAAUUUGGCAGGGAUGUCGCAACUCUGAAGAAACGUGUCUCGCAAAUUAAGCUCUGAAUUUGGCAGAGAUAUCUCUUCUCAAGUUCCUGAGCAAGAUGAUUUUAGUUGAUAAAAAUUGCAUCUUGUUGCCUGCAGUGUAUAAUUAGUAGGAGUAGGAGUGUACAUGGGUGACUAGAUUGAUUGUGUUUGGUUUGGUUUUGGUGGUGCCGUUGAUACUGGCUGGGGGAGUGUGCGUUUGUUGGUCUGAAUGGCUGUAGAGAAAAGAACAUUUUCUUUUAUUGUGUUUCAUGGUAAAUUAAGUUAUGUCUUGUACACUUGUACUGCUACAUUCCCAAUACUAAAUUAAUCUGUCACAAUCUUGGACCAGCCAAAAAAGAAACUGGAUGUUUGAUCAAGUAGAUU